AUGCGUGUUGAUGUUACGGCGAGUUUUCGCAAGCUGGCUCCAGCACGCCCUCAACCUCCUAGAAAUUCCGACGCAUUCACAGUAGAAGCGAUGGAUCUGCUUAGCAGCUUGCUGGAGCUUGAGAAUUUGCUACGUCGCGUAAGGCCUCAAUAUUUGUUACCGACUUUGUUUAUUCGGAUCAAAGAAUCACGUAUGAGUGAGAAAGACAAGGAUGAGCUGGAUGCAGAUUGGGUCGAAUUGAUUAAGAGUUGCAGUUGCCGCAUUGACGAGCUUCAAGAGGUGGUAAAGUCUCAACCUGUUGCUUCUAGUGUCGGAGCAUAUCGAAGUGAAGUGGUUGCCUAUUUGUUCGAGCGAUUAAAAAGCAUCGCGGAUUGUGCAAAACAAAUGCAGAAAAGAAGAUUCCAGCAGCCGUUUCUGCUGUCAUCACGUUUAUUAUCUGAAGACGAUAGACAGAAGCUCGAUGCACUAGAGAAAGAGAUCUCAGAAUCAAAUCCUGAGAGGGUAGAAUUUAUUCAAGAUGCUGCUACUUUACCUCAAACUGCAAAAUCUCCGACACAUUCAAAGCCAAAAUCACCGACAAAGCUCAAAGCUACAGAAUCUAUAACGCCUCACGCUGCACCACAAGCAGAGCCAAUGAAGCAAGACAUCAGUCAUCGCUCAAUUUCAAAAAUUCAAAGGCCAACACCAAAUCUGUCGCAGCAAUCACUUGUGUUCACCUCGCAAAAUGAUAAGCUUGAGUUUUCAGAGGAGGAAGAGCGCCGAUUUCGAGUGGAAAAUGUUAUGCUGCAUCGUCACUUUCAAGAAAACUUGGAGGAUGCUAAGAAAAUGGAGUCCAAGAUGGCUGAAAUUUCAAAUUUAAUGGGUCAAUUUGCUAGCAAGAUCCUGGAGCAACAAACUGAUAUUGAAUUGAUUCAUCAUCACGCUCAUGAGACAAAGUCCAACCUCACCCAGAGUAAUCGCAUUUUGGAGCAGACGCAAAACAUUGGAAGGAGCUACGGCUUUAUAAUCUUUUGCUUUUACGCAGGCUUUUCAACUAUCCUGCAUCUAUUGCACUAUUUCAACAAUUAA